AUGACGGACGAGGCGAAGACCAUCGAUACUGCGCCCGCGGCGGGCCAGAGGAUCACGCAUGACAGCAAGACAUACACAACCGUCCAGGAGGGCCGCGGAUACAUCCUCGUGCCCGAUACGACGGGGCAGAAGGAAGAGGGCGGCAAGAAGCAGGUAGUCAACAAUGCCGGUGGCGUCCAGCAGGUUUUCUACAACCCCAUCCAACAGUUUAACCGCGACUUGACGGUUUUUGCCAUCAAAGCCUACGGGGAGGAGGUUGUCGAGAAGAGGAGGGUACGCCAGGAGAAGAACAUACAGAAGGCCGCUGGAAAGAGGAAGAGGGCAGAAGAGAGGAAGGCCGCAGCAGGCGACGGGGUCAACAAGCGGAAGCGAGACGAAAACGAGGCCCAGGAAGGGUCGAACAAAGCUGCCAGGCCUGACGAGGCUACCUCGCCACAAGAAUCUCGAGUCAACGCCAGCGACGCAGCCGAGAAGAGCCACGGACAGAACGAUGCUGCAGAAGGGCAGCCCGGCGAGACAAAAGAAGCUGCUGGGGAGGACGGCGAACCCAAGGUCGACCGGUCCCUGCCACGGUUCACCAUCCUCGAUGCCCUCUCUGCCACGGGCCUGCGCGCGCUGAGAUAUGCGCACGAGAUCCCUUUUGUCUCCAAGGUCACCGCAAACGACCUGGACCCUUCUGCGGCAGAGGCCAUCUCGCGCAACGUACGGCACAACAAGUUGCAGAAGGCCAUCGAGGUCACGCGAGGCAAUGCGAUCGCACAUAUGUACAACAAGGUCGCCGCGCAUAUGGCACUGAGCGAGAGAGACAGGGCCAAGGGCAAGACGGAGAAAUACGAUGUUGUCGACCUGGACCCCUAUGGCACAGCUGCGACCUUCUUCGACGCCGCAGUGCAGGCGGUUCGUGACGAUGGCGGCCUGCUCUGCGUGACCUGCACCGAUGCUGGUGUCUGGGCCUCGAAUGGGUACCCCGAGAAGUGUUUCGCCCUCUACGGCGGCGUUCCCAUGAAGGGAUACCAAUCACACGAAGCCGGCCUGCGGUUAAUCUUGCACGGCAUCGCCACCUCUGCAGCUCGUUACGGACUCACCAUCGACCCGCUCCUGUCGCUGUCCAUUGACUUCUACGCCCGGGUGUUUGUCAAGGUGACCAAGUCACCUGCUGCUGUCAAGUUUGCGGCCGGCAAGACCAUGAUGGUCUACAACUGCGACGCGGGCUGUGGGGCCUGGACGACCCAGCUGCUGCUGAAGAACAGGUCCUGCCCCAACCAAAAGGGAUCAGGCACCUUCUACAAGCACCAAUUCAUCCAGGCACCGACAGCUGGCGAGAACUGCGAGCACUGCGGGUUCAAGACACACCUCGCGGGACCCAUGUACGCCGGCCGCAUGCACGACCCCGAGUUCAUCAGGCGCAUCCUCGAGAAACUUCCUGACGCGGACAAGACGGUCUACGGCACGACCGACAGGAUCAAGGGCAUGCUGACAACCGCACUGGAGGAGCACCUCGAGGAGGCGGACCCCAAACUGCGGCCAGAGACCCGAGAGCAAAAGUACGCCGAGAUCGAGCCGUACCCCUUCUUCUUGAUGCCAACGCAGCUCGCCAAGACGGUACACUGUGCGACGCCGAGCGAGGACGCCUUCCGCGGCGCGCUGCGGGGACUUGGCUACCGCGUCACGCGCAGCCACUGCAAGCCAGGCAGUGUCAAGACGGACGCGCCGUUCAGUGUGCUCUGGCACGUCAUCCGCGAGUGGAUCCGGCAAAAGGCACCGAUCAAGGUAGAAGGUGUCAAGCCGGGCUCGCCUGGGUGGCAGAUCCUGAAGCUGGGCCAAGGGACAAAGGAGAAGGAGGACCGAAAAGAGGAGGUGGAGGAGAACAAGAACGGUUCGGACCACCCAGUCACUGCUGCCAAGGAUGAGACGAAGGGUGACAACGAGGCUGAGAAGGAAAAGCCUGUGGAGGUUGUAUUCGACGAGAAGCUUGGCCGUGAGCAGAACAAGGAGAGACUUGUGAGAUACCAGAUGAACCCGAGGGAGAACUGGGGCCCUAUGAAUCGCGCACGCGGCUAG